GGGCGAGGCCGAGAGCGAGGCAGAUACUGCACAUGCGCUUGCCGUGACGUUUUUGAAGUUACGGACGUGUCGUGAGGUGGUAGCCCCUUCUGAAGCCUUCCUUGGCCCGAGUUCUGGGAACCCAGGUUUUGAGCCCAUUAGAAGGUGUCGUGCUGAGUUCUUUUUCUUAAACUUCAGAAUCUUGCCUUCCGCAUUUGGGGCAAACUCAGUUCUCGUUCUCGAGCCAAUUGCCCCUGAGUUCUCGCGAGACCCGCAAGCUGAGCCGAUAGCCCAACAGCCGGUAUUUUCUAAGAUCUCUACGCGGGCCUCGGAGCCUUAGUGAAGGGAAGUAGCGCCCGGGAGCGAGCCUUACGCUGGCGGACCCCGCCUUGGAGCCUGGCAACGAUGGAUGAGGACCUAGUUUUGGCACUACGGCUUCAGGAGGAGUGGAACUUGCCGGUUCCGAAGCUCAGUCCGGCCCAGGAGCCCCUAUCACUGGUGGACGAGUCCUGGGAGUUGGUGGAUCCCACGCCGGAUCUGCAGGCCCUGUUUGUGCAGUUCAACGACCGGUUCUUCUGGGGCCAGCUGGAGGCCGUGGAGGUGAAGUGGAGCAGGCGAAUGACCCUGUGUGCUGGGAUAUGCACCUAUGAAGGGAGAGGUGGAAUGUGUUCCGUCCGUCUGAGCGAACCCCUUUUAAAGUUGAGACCAAGAAAGGAUCUUGUGGAGACGCUCCUGCAUGAAAUGAUACACGCCUACUUGUUUGUCACCAACAACGACAAAGACCGGGAAGGGCACGGCCCCGAGUUUUGUAAGCACAUGCAUCGCAUCAACCGCCUGACGGGGGCCAACAUCACGGUGUACCACACCUUCCACGAUGAGGUGGACGAGUACCGGCGGCACUGGUGGCGCUGCGACGGGCCCUGCCAGUUCCGGAAGCCCUACUACGGCUACGUCAAGCGGGCGACCAACAGGGCGCCCUCUGCGCACGACUACUGGUGGGCCGAGCACCAGAGCACCUGCGGAGGCACGUACGUGAAGAUCAGGGAGCCAGAGAACUACUCCAGAAGAGGCAAGGGGAAGGCCAGACCAGCAGCAGCGGAGAAUAAAGGUAAACCCAACAGAGUCAUCCCGUUCAGCGGGAAAGGACGUGUUCUGGGAGAAACAAACGGCGCCCCUUCGUCUGGGAACUGCGCUGCUCCACGUGCGAUCACUGAAACCCGAGAUCUCCUAAGUCAGGGCCACUCAACAGACGCCGGAAGGCCAAACCCUAAAGCCGAGCUGAAAUUUGAACAGAGUGGCUCCAGGAAAACCACCUCUCUGGUCCCGCCUGUUCUCAGCAGCAGUCCCCAGAAUGUUUUAAGCAACUACUUUCCUAGAGUGUCGGCUGCCAGUCAGAAGGCCUUCAGGAGUACGACUGGGUCCCCAAGGAAAAGUGUAGUCGUUGGUGACAUCAGUAAAAACUCUGUCUCUUCUGGUUCUCAGAGGAAGGCGUCCGCCUCGAAGACGGCUCUGAGAAAUGCUCUAAAAGCAGUGGAAUCGACGUGUGCAUCGCAGGGCGCGAGUGGGUCUACAAACGAAUUCCUGAGUAAACGACCCAGGCUGGAGGACAAGACUGUGUUUGACAGAUUCUUCAUCAAGAAAGAGAAAACACAGAGCGGGGGGAGCGCUCCGGAGUGCAGCUCACACCCUGCGGCCGCGGCGCAGAAUUCCAGCAGUUGGUCCGCUCACAGCAGGACGGUCAGCUGUCCCGUCUGUCAGAGCGAAGUGGUGGAGUCUCAGAUCAACGAGCACCUGGACCUCUGCCUUGAGGACGACAGCAGCAGAGUCAGAAGCAGCAACAGUCUCUGAAAAAAAGUGGGUCUCACGUACCUCCUCUGAUACCUCGCCGGUGCAGCGCCAGCCCCUCAGGAAGUUCUGGUUAACACUAAGAUUUGUAGUUUGUGCUCUAGUUCACGCAGCCAGCACAAAACGUUCUAUUUCAUAGGUACGUUUGACACUGUAAUAUAAAGUAUCUCUCUAAAGUCCCUGUAUUUAUAUUCACUCUUGCCUUAUAUAUACUGUAGCCCAGAGUUCUGUAUGUUUACAGGCACAAUUUCAGAUACUUUUGUUCUUGCCUGCUCUUAAAGCUUUUAAAAUCUGUUGAUCUUUUUACUUGCACUUUCCUCAAAAUAUUUAAUAAGAAAUUAAGUAUUUGGUUAAAUUCAGUAUUCCCUUAUGAACGUUAAAACUCAUUCCCAGCGCUGUUAGUGUUUAUAGUGUUAGGCAUAUUGACCGAAAAUACAAUCUAGAGUGCAGAGUAUGCUGUGUUAAGGAACUCAAGGUAGUUUCUAAGUUUUUAAAAAUUUUUCCUCCCAAAUCUUAACAGGCAAUACAUUUUAUAUAUUUUAAAGAAUUUUAUUUGUUUGGUGUCAGACUAUAAAGUAGAGAGAGGAUAGUAAAACAAAAUUCUUCUGGAGUAUUCUUAGUAAGAAAUAACCACUGUAAUUCUGUAGGCCGAGUUUAGCUGUUUUCUCAGAAUGUAGCAAAACGAGUGGCUAAAAAUUUGGUGCUAAGUAACUAGUAUAUGUAACAUAGCAAGCCUAGUUGAUGUAACAUGGAACAUUACUGAACACAUUAUGACCCUUUAAGCCAAGGCUGAAACUGUUACAAUAAAAGGAAUACCAUUUGUUUCCUUAGACACACUUAAGACUGUUUUCAUGUUCUAGCAGAGGGACACACACACUUCUGUCAGUUGACUUCUGUGUCGGGGCCGUACCUCCAGCGGCCUGGCAUGCUCUCAGGUGUUCUUUUCUUCACUGUGGUGCACCGUGACUUGUCUGGGUGGAAGGUGCAGAGCGCUUUACCGUGGAGUUGGGUGACUGUCGGUUGCCACCCAAGGUGUCCUCACGAGUGCCUUUGCCUUCCUAUUCCCCACAACCCCUGAAUGACCUGUUUUCUUCUGUUGCCACAGGUCCGUUUUGCUCAUUUUUGAACUUCAUAAAGUACUUCUUUGUUGGUAUACGUAGCACAGUAUCUGUGUGAACAUGCCAAGGUUUAUACAUCCAUUCUACAUUAAGGGAUGUUUGAAUUAUUUCCAGCCGGAGCUGGCUAUUAUUACAAAUGCUGCUGCUAAGAACACUCCUGUCAUUUCUGCUGGGCCUAUACUCAGGGUUGGAUUGCUGGGUCACAGGGUGUGGCUGUGGGUAGCCUUAGUCCGUACUGUCGGUGUAUGCUCCUACAACAGUGCGUGAGAGCUGCAGUUGUCUGCUUGUUAACGUCAUUGUCAGUCCUUGUCAUUGUAGCCUGAGAGGUCGCAAGUUUUGAUGUUUUAAGUAUGAAGUUGAAAAAUAAUAUUUAAUAAAUAUGACCUAAAACACGUAUUAUGUUGAAUAAAUGCUGUUAAACUUUUUUUCUAAUUCAGUUUAACAAAUUGUGUGCAGUUAAACAUUGCCGUUUUUAUCCUCACCUGAGGACAUGCUUACUGAUUUUAGAGAGGGGGAGGCGAGGGACACCAAUGCAAGAGAGGAGCAUCAGUUGCGUCUCCUGCAAGCCAGGCAUGUGCCCUGACUGGGAACCGAACCUGCAACCUUUCAGUUCAUGGAUGACGCUCCAACCAAGUGAGCCACCCCAUCCGGGCCGCAGUUAAACAUUUUUGAGCCAAACUGUACAAGGUUCUGGGGUUACCAUUUAAUACGACAGUCCGUGUCCUCAAGUAGCUUUGCAGCCUACCUGGGGAGGGAGCCAAAAGCACAUUAACCUCAACAUAGUAAGUGUCAGCACAGGUUUCUGCCAGGUGCUGUGGGGAGUUAAGGACAAUCAGCACAGCCCAGGGCUUCAGAUGUUUCUCGGAGAAGAUGCCAUCGGAGCUGCUCUAGGGCCGGCUGAGGGUGGAAA